GCGCACCGGCGGGCGGGCGCGGGGCGGGGCGGCCCCGGGCCCCUUUGUUCGGCGGGAGGCGGCGGCGCGCCGCCCCGCCGCUUUGUCCGCCGCUGCCGGCGGGAGCCGCUCGUCCCGGCGCGCCGGUUUGAGCCAACUGCCUGGCCAGGAUGAGCUGGAGUUUCCUGACGCGGCUCCUGGAGGAGAUCAACAACCACUCGACCUUUGUGGGCAAGAUCUGGCUGACCGUCCUCAUUGUCUUCCGCAUCGUGCUGACGGCCGUGGGGGGCGAGUCCAUCUACUACGACGAGCAGAGCAAGUUUGUCUGUAACACGCAGCAGCCCGGCUGCGAGAACGUCUGCUAUGACGCCUUUGCCCCGCUCUCCCAUGUCCGCUUCUGGAUCUUCCAGAUCAUUAUGGUGGCUACACCAUCGGUGCUUUACCUGGGCUUCGCCAUGCACCGCAUCGCCCGCAUGCCUGAGUCCUCACGGCGCCGGGCACCGGCAGCCCGGCGGGCACGCAUGCCGGUGGUGCGCCGAGGAGCCGGGCGGGACUACGAGGAGGCGGAGGAUGAUAACGAAGAAGACCCCAUGAUCUUUGAGGAGAUCGAGGUGGAGAAGGAGAAGAGCCCAGAGGGCGGCGAGAAGCAUGACGGCCGGCGCCGCAUCAAGCAGGACGGGCUGAUGCGCGCCUACGUCCUGCACUUGCUGUGCCGCUCGCUGCUGGAGACGGCUUUCCUCUUCGGGCAGUACCUGCUGUACCGCUUCGAGGUGAGCCCCUCCUACGUCUGUAGCCGCAGCCCCUGCCCGCACACCGUCGACUGCUUUGUCUCCCGCCCCACGGAGAAGACUAUCUUCCUCCUCGUCAUGUACGCCGUCAGCGGGCUCUGCCUCUUCCUCAACCUCUGCGAGCUCGUGCACCUCGGCGUGGGGCGCAUCCGGGACGCCCUGAGCCAGCCCGACAGCCCUCCGCUCCCGGCUGGCGGCAGCCCCACGCCGCAGUACCCCAAGAAAGCCCCCGGCGCACCCCCCACCUACCACUCGCUGAAGAAGGAGCCGCCGCGAGCCCCGCUGCCUGACGGCAAGCUGGACUACCGGGAGAGCCUGGCCCAGGCGGCGGGGCGCUUCGCCCUGGCCGGGGCUCCCCCAGCGCACGAGCUGGACCGGCUGCGUGAGCACCUGCGUCUGGCCCAGGAGCACCUGGAGGUGGCCUUCCACCUCCAGCCCCCCCCGCGGCCCCCCAGCCCUGCCCGCAGCAGCAGCCCCGAGGCCAACGGCAUCGCCGCCGAGCAGAACCGCCUCAACCUCGCCCACGAGAAGGGGACCGCCGCCUGCGACAGGACCACGGGGCUGUGAGUGCCACCAGGGACGACGGCGGUGUCUGCCGGAGCGGCUGCCGCCGCCACCGUGGGACGAGCAGCCUGCCAGGAGCGCGGGGUGGAGGGUGCCACGCGCCUGCCUGGCAGGGCUGGCCGGGCAGCCCUGUCCUGGUGGGCAGCGGCAGGGUUGGGGGCCUUGGGGGACAUUCCUACUUCAUUUUCAAAAAGGGAAUAUCUUAUUUUUGUACGUUUUUAUAAACUCGUCAGCGUGUGCACCCUGGCAUUUUUAUAUUCCGCUCCCAAUCUCUGCUCUGGGCCUGCACCCCCCCACCGUCUCCCGUUUCACCCCCUUGUCCUCCUCCCGCACCCAUUUCCUGCAGCAUCUUCUCCUCACACCUACCCGUGCCCUCCCGUGCCCGCUGCCACCCGCCACUGCACCAGCCGGUGCUGUGCAUGUGUGGGCCAUGCUGGUGAUGCCGGUAUUGCCCCCGUGGCGUGGGGGUUUAGGGGUGCCGAGCAUGGGGGUCCGGCUGGCGGGGCCGAACCGUGGGGCAGGGCACUGGACUGGCACCGCACUUGAAGCGGAGGAGAUGGAAGGGGUCCUGGCGGCACUGCUGCCGGAAAGUGCCGGUGUGGCCGGGGGGGCCGUGCUGCGUGGCAUCCUGGCACGGAAUUGUGAGCUGCGGGGCUGGUUUGCUCAGAAAUGUCUGUGCAGAGGGCAGGGGCUGUCCUUCCCGCCACCUCCGCCCCGUUCCCGGCUGGCCAUCCUUGGACCAAAGCCCAUCCCCUCCCACUCAGGCCGUGGGGCUGGGACCCCCUGCACGGGGCCGGACCCUGGUCCCAUGGUGGGGGGACACAGUGCCCUGAGUCGGGCUCGGCCGGGAACCAGUGGGGCAUUUCUCAUCAUCUCAGCCUGGGUCACACGGGGAUUUUUGUAGCGUUGUUUUUUACUCAGAAAUGAUUGUCACUGUUUUUUCUUCCUUCUUUUUUUUUAAUAUCUAUAUUAGUAAAGGCUGGAGACGUUUUGUACUGAA